GCCAUGUUGGGGCCUGGCAAAGGGGAGCUCUCUGUGGGGUUCCGUUGCGGGCAGCGGAAGUGGGAGCUGUGUCGGGAGGAUGCUCCUUUCCUCCCGGCGCCCACCUAGAAGGUGAGGAGCCGGCGGUCAGCGCGGAUGCUGGAGUAAGGCUGCCGGGGCCUUCUCCCGAGACUUCCGCCUCUGCUUCCUCCGCUGCACUCCGCAUGCCCGCAACGCUGGUUUUUGGGGGUUCGCCCGCUGUGCGGCUUUGUCUCCAACCCUGAACAUGAAUGACUGGAUGCCCAUUGCCAAGGAGUAUGACCCACUCAAGGCUGGUAGCAUCGAUGGCACGGACGAGGACCCGCACGAUCGUGCCAUCUGGAGGGCCAUGUUGGCGCGCUAUGUCCCCAACAAAGGUGUCACCGGAGACCCCCUCCUCACCCUCUUUGUGGCAAGACUCAAUCUGCAGACCAAAGAGGACAAGCUGAGGGAGGUCUUCUCCCGCUAUGGGGACAUCCGGAGGCUGCGGCUGGUGAGGGACCUGGUGACCGGCUUCUCUAAGGGUUACGCCUUCAUUGAGUACAAGGAGGAGCGCGCGCUGCUGCGAGCCUGCCGCGACGCCGACGGCCUCGUCAUCGACCAGCACGAGAUCUUCGUGGACUAUGAACUGGAGAGGACCCUCAAAGGGUGGAUCCCCCGGCGCCUCGGCGGCGGUCUAGGGGGCAAGAAGGAGUCGGGGCAGCUGAGGUUUGGGGGACGCGACCGGCCUUUCCGGAAACCUAUCAACUUGCCAGUCGUUAAGAACGAUCUGCACAGAGAGGGGAAAAGGGAACGGAGGGAGCGGUCCCGAGACCGGCACUGGGACUCGAGACCCAGGGACCGAGAGCAUGACAGGGGCCGGGAGAGGAGGUGGCAGGAGAGAGAGCCGGCCAGGGCGUGGCCUGACAAUGACUGGGAACGGGAGAGGGAUUUCAGGGAGGACAGGGCCAAGGGGAAGGACAGGAGGGAGAGAAGCAAGUAGAGGCCGGGUGCU